AUGGCAAGGCUCCUCCUUUCCAAGUUGGCGCCAAACAAGCUCGUAAAACCCAACUCACUCCGCUUCUCCCUUCCUCUCUCCACUGCAGUCUCUACUGAAAACCCACAAAAUGCCACCGCCGCCGAUGGCCGAGACCACCGCAUUAACGACCAAAUCCACGACCUUGGAGUCCUCCUUCAACAAGGCCGCAACGAAACCGCUUAUAACUUCACCAAAUCUCUCAUUCUCUCCAACCCAUCUCCAUUUUCUUCACCUUCUCAUCUUCUCUCUCUUUUUUCGGUUUCUUCUGAUCCUUCUUCAAAGCUUACUCUCUGUGAUAUGUUGCUUUCCAUUUGUUCCGAAUCCAAAAUGCACAGUCAAAUUUCAGAAUUGUACGAUAUGAUGAGACAAGAAGGCAGGCUUCCUUCGUUUGGUUAUGUGAGAAUGAUCGUUGAAUCUUUGGUGGAAUCCAAGAAAUUUGAUAAGGUUCUUGAUUUGUUUAAGGAGAUGGUGGGCUUGGGUUUUAGACCUGAUAAGCUUGUUUAUGGGAAAGCAAUGCAAGCCGCAGUGAAAUUGGGGGAUUUGAAGCGAGCUAUGGAGUUGUUUGAGACUAUGAAAGGGAGGAAAGUUAGUCCUAAUGUGUUUGUUUACAAUGUUUUGAUUGGUGGGUUGUGUAAGGAUAAGAGGAUAAGGGAUGCAGAGAAGCUGUUUGAUGAAAUGUCUGUGAGGAAUUUGGUGCCGAAUAGAGUGACUUUUAAUACGCUUAUUGAUGGGUAUUGUAAGGCUGGGGAGGUGGAUGUGGCAAUUAGUUUGAGAGAAAGGAUGAAGAAGGAGAAGGUGGAGCCUAGUAUUAUUACUUUUAACUCGUUGCUUAGUGGCCUUUGUAAGGCGCGGAGAAUGGAGGAGGCAAGGAGUAUGCUGAAAGAGAUGGAAGUUGAUGGUUUUGUACCUGAUGGGUUUACUUACAGCAUAAUAUUUGAUGGGUUGUUGAAGUCGAACGAUGGGGCAGGAGCCGCUAUGGAUUUGUAUCGGGAGGCAAUUGGGAAGGGAGUCAGGAUUAACAGUUACACGUGUAGUAUUCUGUUGAAUGGAUUGUGUAAAGAAGGGCAAGUUGAAAAGGCGGAGGAGGUGUUGAAGUCCCUCGUGGAAUAUGGGCUUGUUCCAGAUGAGGUGAUAUAUAACACUAUUGUGAAUGGUUAUUGUCAGAUAGGUGAUAUGGAUAGAGCCAUUUUGACCAUUGAGCGAAUGGAAAGUCAUGGGUUGAGACCAAAUUGCAUCACUUUCAAUUCUGUGAUUGAUAAAUUUUGUGAAAUGCAGAUGAUGGAUACGGCAGAGGAAUGGGUGAAGAAGAUGGUGAAGAAGGGAAUAGCCCCAAGUGUGGAGACAUACAAUACACUUAUUGAUGGCUAUGGAAGGUUGUGUCGUUUUUCUAGUUGUUUCCAGAUUCUUGAAGACAUGGAAGAAAAUGGGGUAAACCCGAAUGUUAUAAGCUAUGGCUCUCUCAUAAAUUGUUUAUGUAAGGAUGGGAAGAUUCUUGAGGCAGAAAUGGUGCUUAGGGAUAUGGUAGGCAGAGGGGUCUUGCCUAAUGCAAAUAUAUAUAAUAUGCUUAUUGAUGGUAGUUGUACAGUGGGGAAGUUGAAAGAGGCUUUGAGAUUCUUUGAUGAGAUGUCGAAAAGUGAGAUACACCCAACGAUUGUAACUUACAACGCCCUCAUUAAUGGGCUAUGCAAAAAGGGAAAGUUAAAGGAUGCUGAAGAGAUGCUUUUCCUAAUUACUACUAGGGGUCACUAUCCUGAUGUGAUCACAUACAACUCCUUAAUCUCAGGGUACUCAAAUGCAGGAAACUCACAGAAAUGUCUUGAGCUAUAUGAAACUAUGAAGAAGUUAGGUUUGAAACCUACUAUAAAUACAUAUCAUCUCCUAAUCAGCGGAUGCAGCAAGGAAGGGAUGGAGCUCAAAGAGACACUGUUUAAUGAAAUGUUGCAGAUAAAUUUGUCCCCUGAUCGAGUUGUGUACAAUGCUAUGAUUCACUUUUAUCAAGAGAUUGGGCAUGUUCAAAAGGCUUUUGCUUUGCGACAAGAGAUGGUAGACAAGGGAGUUCGUCCAGAUAACAUGACCUAUAAUAGUUUGAUUCUAGGAUGCUUAAAAGAGGGAAAGUUGUUAGAAACAAAGGAUCUUGUUGAUGACAUGAAGGCAAAAGGAUUAACACCUGAAGCUGAUACGUAUAGCAUGCUGAUUAAGGGACAUUGCGACCUGAAGGAUUUUAAUGGAGCUUAUUUUUGGUAUAGAGAAAUGCUUGAGAACGGUUUCCUUCCUAAUGUCUGCAUCUGCAAUGACCUAUCUACUGGCCUUAGACAGAGAGGGAGGUUGCAAGAGGCCCAGAUCAUCUGCUCUGAAAUGAUUGCUAAUGGAAUGGAUGAUUUGAACACUAAUGGGGAAUUGUCUGGUGUUGCUAAAAUCACAACAGCACCAAUGCUCAUUAACUAUGAGAUGCCAGCAGUUGAAAUGUGCAGGAGGAGUUGCCUUGUAGUUGCCGUCCCCAAUUCCCUGAAACAGCCAUUUUUGCCUACAAGUUUCAGCUUUGCUAAUUUGGUUUUCAAUUUCUCAUCAGUUGCUAGACAACUAAUGAUAGCUUUUCCUCUUGGUAUUCCUGUUCCUAUGCGGUUGAGUUCCUAUGACACUGCAUUUUUAUCAUUCUUCCCUUUGCCUCCUUUGAUUGAAUGGCUGUUGUGUUUUUUUCUGGGCCUACACCCUGUUUCCGACGGGCUUGCUGUGCAUUUGUUUGGCUACUUUUCCGGUGCUGCUCCACUGAUUUCAACAGCUUUGGAAGCGGGUAGGGUUUAUGAGAUCUCGGACUUCUAUGCAAUGCCAAAUCUUCUAGAAUUGUUGCUGCUAGCAACUGCGUGCUGUGUGACUGGUGAAUUAAACAAUCUCCAUUGGAAGCAGCUUGGAAAGACGGACCUACAAUCCCUUACUAGAGGUUUUACAGGCUCCUUGUCAUACGAUUAUUUCACAUUUCCCAUGCCGGAAACACCAAUGAACUUUGCUCAACUCUUCUCCAUCAUCAUUCUUGGGCAAUCCCGGCCAACAAUGUGUUUAUCUUCCAUCGGGCUGCUUAGCAUCCACCAGAAACAGAUUGCCGUUGUGAUUGUUGUUUCUGUUGAGAGUGGUUUACAUUCUUAUUUUGAGCAGGAGAUUUUUCGGCCUUGUAUAGCAAGGGAUAGAACUUUUUAA